AUGUUAUCAUUGCUGUUAUUCAGAAUAACGCGACGUCCUCUGAUAAUCAUACGUCGAUCAUUCAGAACAACGAAUAAAGUUCAAGUAUUCAAUCCUUUGUUACCCUUCGAUGUUCUAGAUGAAGUACAGAAUGAUGACUUGGAAGAAAAGAAUGAAAAGUUACGAGAGGAAAAGAAAAAAUUAAUGAAAAAGAGCAGACGCAUGCUUAAAAAGAGGAGAGAAAAAGGAAAGGGUGACCAGGGUAAGGGGUCUGAAACUGAAGGGAAAGAUAAUAAGGGCUCACGGGAUCUAGUGCAAAAAGAUGGGGAGUUGUAUAAGACUUCAAAUGAUACAAUUCCGAUAAAGAAGGCUGUAAGUCCUGAGGUAAAUGUUGUGGGACUCGAGCAAGAAGAAAAGAACGAUUCGGAUGUUAAGGGUACUGAAAUUAAGUCGAAUGAUAAAAACCAAAACUCACAAACGAAAGAUGAGAACAAUUCUGAUACACUCGCCGCGGGAUCUUCAGCAACUAUGGGUCCUGGUGGAGGAGGAAGUGGUAAUGGUAAUGGAGGUGAUAAUAAUAAUAAACCGCCCGCUGAUGAUUCUGAAUCAAAAGAUCCUAAAGAUGAAGACUCGAAGGAUAACGAGAAGAAAGAAACAGAAGAAGAAACGAAAAAGAAAGACAAGGAAGAAGAGGAUGACCUUGAAGAAGAAUUACAUGAUGACGAUGAAAAGGAGCCCAAGAAGUCAACAAUUAAGCAAUAUUUUGAAAGAUUCGGAAAGUUUUUAUUCAAAUGCUUGGAAACUAUGGGAAUUACGUUCACUUCUGUCGGAAUUUUAGGGUUUGCAGGUUUAUUGUAUCAUACAAUUUAUAAUGUACAUGCCCUUGAUAAGAUCGAUUCGGCCUUCGAAAACGGUGAUCCAGCAUUUCAACUUUUGAUGCAUAAGCGUAAAAGUAUAAAUCCAGAAGAAGAAUGCGAUGGAAAUGAUUUAAAUCAAUUCUGGGUAGAAAGACCUCAACAGAAGCUCGUAGACGAUAUUAUCAGUGGUAGAAUUAUAGGCCGCUACUUUCUAGUUAUCGGGGAAAAAGGGACGGGAAAAACUUCUCUUCUUUUGGAGUCUAUGAGAAAGAUAAAUGGUUACAAUGUAGCAAUUUUUGAUGCUCAUGCUGACCCAGAAAUUUUUAGAAUAAGGCUUGGUAAAGCUUUGAACUACACUUACUCAGAAGAUUAUAUUGGCUCUCUAUUCAGUAUGCGAGGACCUCGAGACACUACAGCUCUUUUGGACAUAGAGAGAGCAUUUGGUAAGCUAGAAGAGUUAGCAAUUAGAAGAACUACAAAAGUCGAUCGACCCCUUGUCCUCAUUAUCAACAAUGCUCAUUUAAUCAAGGAAAAUGAAGAAGGAAUGAAAUUACUUGAAUUAUUGCAACAAAAAGCAGAAAAUUUAAGUGGUUCGGGUCUUGUAACUAUGAUCUUCAACAGCGAUGAUUACUGGGUGUACGAAAAAUUGAAGAAAGUAGGUACAAGGCUCGAGCUUGUCAAUGUGAGAGAUUUCAAUAGAAGUGAAACUAUCAAAGCAUUAAAUUAUAUCCGAGAGAAGCAUUUUCCUAGCCAUAGUCACCCUGACCUAUCACUAGAUGAUAAAACGAGUCAUAAUAUAUAUGAUUUAAUUGGCGGUAGACCGCAACAUAUCUCACAGGUGGCUAGGCAUAAAGAUAUCAUUCGUGCUUGUAACGAAAUAAUUGACCGAGAGAAGACGUGGUUCUUGAAUCAAUGUGGUUUGCUUGGUUCAAGUAUGGAUGAUGAUGUAAUAGAAAGCGGAAAAUUUGCUACUAGUGCAAUGUUGCUCAUGAACGAGUUUGUCCAUAUGGAUAGAACUCGUUUAAGCAAUUUAAUUGACAAAGGUGAAGAGGAUGAAGAUGACUACAAGAUGGAUCACCAAUUACCAGAACUUCCGUUGUGGAGAAGUAGACAAAUUAUGACCAGAGCGGACUAUAUUAGGCAAUAUGACAAUCUAAAUAUUUUCACCAUUGAUUCUGAUUCCAGAGUUCGAGCGGAUUCAGUUCCUAUGAUGAGAGCGUUUCAUGAAAUUGCUUCGCAGCCACAUUUUGAAGACUUGCUCCAAGAUACUAUGGACAGAGUGGCUGAUAUUGAGUCGUUGGGUAGAACCAGAGAGCUUGUGGCAAAAGACUUGGGCCUCGGAUCGACCUUCACAUUCUCGAAAAAAGAUUCUUCUUAUCGUCUCGCUUUGCAAAAGUCCGAGCGUCAGAAGAGAAUGGAAGGUGAUAACGAAGAUUCUUACAAAUGCAACGACAAUGAUUAUACCGAUGACAUUAUUGAGAACUCCAACAAGAAUUCGGAUAAUGAUACUUACAAGUUGGAUGACAUUUCAUUACAGGAUACAAGAAAAUGGUGGAAACUCCGAAUGCAAAGGUUUGAUCAAUCUUAUCUCCCGCCUUUACAACGUGACAGAAACGACAUCGACAUUAACAGAACCCCCAGAUGA